AUGACGGCCGAAAAGGACGUCGAGUCUGGCCGCAUCGCCCGCAUCCCGCACUUCAAGCGCGUCCUGGACCAGGCUGCCGUCAACGACGACAUAAUCAACGCCCACUAUGAAGGCUCCGGCACCGACGAGGACCCCUACAUCGUUGCCUGGCUCGACGACGACCCCGUCAACCCCAUGAACUACCCCAUCGCUGUCAAGUGGACCAUCACCGGCCUCGUUGCCAUUGCCACCUUGGCCGUCGCCUUCGUCUCGUCCGCCUACUCGGGCGGCAUCAAGGAAAUCAUGAUCGAGUUUGGCGUCGUUCAGAUCAUCGCAACCCUGGGCAUCUCGCUGUUUGUCCUGGGCUUUGCCAUUGGCCCGCUGAUCUGGGCUCCCAUGAGUGAGCUGUUUGGCCGCCAGUUCCUCUUCUUCGGCACUUACGCCCUUCUGACCGCCUUCAACGCCGGCGCCGCCGGUGCCAACAGCAUCGCCAGCUUGAUCGUCCUGAGGUUCCUUGCCGGCUCCUUUGGCUCUUCGCCUCUGACCAACGCUGGAGGCGUCAUUGCCGACAUGUUUCCCGCUGCCCAGCGCGGUCUCGCCACCAGUCUGUUCGCUGCUGCCCCCUUCCUGGGUCCCGUCAUUGGCCCCAUCGUUGGUGGCUUCGUCGGCCAGACCGUCGGCUGGCGCUGGGUCGAGGGCGUCAUGGCCGUCUUCACCGGCGUUCUUUGGCUCGUUUGCGGCCUCAUCGUCCCCGAAACCUACUCGCCCGUCCUCCUCCGCAAGCGCGCCGCCAAGCUGUCCAAAAUCACCGGCAAGGUCUACCUGAGCAGGGCUGAUGCCGAGCAGGGCAAGGUCACCAUCGGCGAGGCUUUCAAGACUGCUCUUUCGCGCCCCUGGAUCCUCCUGUUCCAGGAACCCAUCGUGCUCCUGCUCUCCAUCUACAUGGCCAUCAUCUACGGUACUCUGUACAUGCUUUUCGGUGCCUUCCCCAUUGUUUACCAGCAGGGCCGUGGCUGGUCGUCUGGUGUCGGCGGUCUGGCCUUCCUGGGCGUCGCCGUCGGCAUGAUUGUCGCCGUCAUCUACUCCAUCUGGGACAACAAGCGCUAUGUCAAGGUCAUGCAGAACUCGCCCUCGGGCUUUGCGCCGCCCGAGGCCCGUCUGCCCCCCGCUCUCCUCGGCUCCGUCGCCAUGCCCAUUGGCCUGUUCUGGUUCGCGUGGACCAACUCGCCGAGCGUCCACUGGAUCGUCAGCAUUGCGGCCGGCGCGCCCUUCGGCUUCGGCAUGGUGCUGGUCUUCCUGUCCAUCAUGAACUACCUCAUCGACGCCUACCUCAUCUUUGCCGCCUCGGUCCUGGCCGCCAACGCCGUCCUCCGUUCGCUGUUCGGUGCGGCCUUCCCGCUCUUCACCACCUACAUGUACGCCGAUCUCGGCAUCCACUGGGCCUCGUCCAUCCCGGCCUUCCUCGCCCUCGCCUGCGUGCCCUUCCCCUUCCUCUUCUACAAGUACGGCCCGGCGAUCCGGUCUCGCUGCAAGUACGCCGCCCAGGCCGCGGCCUUCCUCGAGAAGCUCAAGGGCCAGGCGGUGGCGGAGGAGCAAGCCGACGAGGAGGAGGACGACAGCGCCUCGAACACGCAGGCCGACGACGCUGACACGCAGAAGGAGGAGACGGCGUCGGGCAGCGCCUCCCACCACCAGCGCGAGCCCGUCGACGAAAGCGUCGAAGACGACGACCAGAAGGAGGGCGAGGAGGGCCGGUUCGCCGCCAUCAAGACGCAUCCCAACCACCUCCACAAGACGCACACCAACGCCAGCACCCGGACCGCACGGAGUGUGACGUACGAGGCGAACCCCUUCGAUAUCGAUCGCGUCAACACACACGAGAGUUUCGGCCCCCACCACAAGACCAAGAGCCAUGGCAACUCGGCUGCUAAGAAAUAA